AAGAUCUGCACCACCACAAAUUCAUCUUGCCAAAACCACAACCUCCCCCUACGCCAAAUAUUCUACGAAAGUAUAGAAAAUGCCUGCCUCGAAAGAUUCUUGUUUCGGUUUUUGGGAUUCUUCUCUGGUUUUACUUUUUUAAACCUUCUAUGUUUGAUAGUAGAUUCAGAUUUAAACUUGGGUCGAGUCAGUUGGUCGGGGUGGACAAAGCCAAUUUUCUUGAAAGUUAGUUACAAUGAUUCAGAUACCCAAAUGGGAUUGUAAUUUUCUCUUAGAAAAAUAACUGCGGAGUUAUUCCAGAAAAUUCAAAGCUGCAAAAUGAUUGAAGGGGAAGAAAUAAGAGAAUCUUCAGUUGACGAUGGUACGCAAGAGGGAGAGGAGAAUGACGGUUCCACAAUAGAAGAGAACGAUAAUGCUAAGUUUGUGUGGGAUGCCAGCACUGAUCUGUACUUUCAUGCCAGUAGUGGUUUCUAUCACAACUCAAAUGCGGGAUGGUACUACAGCAGCAGAGAAGGUGUGUAUUAUAAAUUUGAGAAUGGAAGAUACAUGCCAUUGGAGAUGGCAGAGAUCUUUCAAGACUUUGAUAGUUUGAAUGAUACGGGAAUUUCAAAAGUAGUGACCGAAGAUUAUGCAAUCAAUGACAGUGUCAAUACAGAGCCACUCUUUGGAGGUUACAAUGAAAAUUCAAUUGGCGAAGGUGAUUCAGAAGCCUUGAAUUCCUCUGUCAGUGCAGUGGAGAAUACUUAUCCACUAUGGUACUAUGACCAUGAUUUGUCUGAAUAUUGGUACUUCGACAAAGAGUCUAAAACUUACUACAAAUAUGAUCCGGUAUUGGGUUUUGGCAAGGUUCCUAAAGGGAAACAUGUUGCAGGUGGGGAGGACGGGGAGAACAUUUUCAUGACACCGAAUUCAAUUUUUUUGGUUAAUUCAGAACCUAAAGACACUGGCAUAACAAACUUGCCCUAUGAUAAUGCCAAUGAGAAACAGUCAUCCAUAGAAAGCCAGUCUUAUGCAAGUAUUUUAAAGGGUGAACCAACAGGCUUGACUGUUGAGAAUGCAGCAGAAGGAAGUACAGAAAAUUUGAGAGAAGAGUUGUUGGCUGAAGGAGGUGAUCCACAGCAUCCUUCCGAGUGGAUGGAAGAAUUCCUUAUUAAUCUCUAUUUAAGGGGUUAUUCCAAAUUAGAGAAUGAUGUACAGGAGCCACCAGGAAUAGCUAACAAUAAUGAUGCUAAUAUUACAAGAACAAAUGACAAAAACUCAAUGGAGAUGCCUAGCGAUUUCCCUUGUAACAUCUUGCCAUUUAGUGAAUCAAAUAUUGAAGCGAGUCUAGACUUUGCAUCCAAUCUUUCAAAUGAACAAUUUAGUGUUUCUUUUCAAGAAUCCUCCUCUCAACCCAAUACUACAUGUGGUAGGGAAUGGGAUAAGGAAAUCGAAGAAGGUGAAUGGGUUCCAGAGGAUGCAUUGGAUAGACCCCCCUCCAGCAAGAGAAAUAAAAACAGAGAAAGUGAUUGUCUUUAUUCAGUUCAGUCUGAAAGCUGUGGUGCAAGCACAGGCAACUGUGUGAGAGAGACUGACCAUUUAAAUUCACAAUAUGAAUGUAGCUCUGAUGAAGAAGGAAACCUGAGGGAUGAAGAGAAUUGGCGAGCACAAUAUGGCCAAGUUGUGAGAUCCAGGGAACAGGACAACAUUUCACUCUCAGCUCUCGACUUGUGGGAAUGGUCACUAAUUCUAGAAUGCAUGAAAGGAAAGAAAGGAGAAUCAGCCAGGUUGAUUGGAAGGAUAGCACCGAGAAACAAAAUAUUACACCCCUCUAUUCAGGGUGGAGGUAGCCUUCUCAAAACUGCUGCUAUCUGUGAGGUGCAUUUGGACCUUGUCCGAGUUUCAUCAGGACAAAUAUACAGGCUAAGGUGUCCAAGUGCCAAGUAUGUGGCUUCUUUGAGAACAUUCAAUUCCUCUGAUCCCACUCAGGGUUGGGACUUUCCGCAGCUACAGCUCACCGAUUCUGCGAAGAGUUCAGAAGACUUAAUGGACGAUUCUCACUCUGCAAAUGCAUCCAACUUUUGUGAGGAUUUCACAUUGUCAAAGCCUUUUGCACCGAACCUUGUUCACAGGGAUUGUCCUACAAUAAAGAGACAAAAAGAUUCUCGGACAUGCAUGAGGAUAAAGGCUUAUACAAACAAAGAGCUAACAGAUGUUGAGCUGAGAAAGCAGAGAUACAAAGAUCGAGCUGCUGAGCGAAGAAUUCUUCAUGGAGGUAUUGGAAUUGGUCCUGGUCAGAAGAAUACCUUAAAAAAUGAUUUGGACCUAGAACAAUGUCCAACAACAGAGAUAAUUGAGUCAGCUGGAGAAGAAAUGCCACAUCAUGCUUUUGGAGAAGCCAGCCUUGCAAGACGGAUGUUAGAGGGCAUGGGCUGGAAAGAGGGAGAGAGCCUUGGAAAUAGAAAAGAUGGUUUGAUUUCCCCAUUGAAAGCAGUGGGUAAUAAAGGGCUCUUUGGUUUGGGAUGGACUUCAUAAUUCUUUAUGAACUAAAUAUGUCAUAUCUUAAGGGCAUUCCAGUUUGUGAUUCCUGGUUUUUUGCAAUUUCUUUUUUAUUGUCUUUCAUUUUGGAAUCACAAAGCUCUUCCAUGUAGGAGGCCUGACGAGACUACAUGGGCCUCAAUUGUUUUCAAAAUAUGUAAAUAUUUCUAUUUAUUUUGUACUUAUAGUAGGUUUACCAAGAAUAUACCGGCCUGUUGUAAUGCAUGCUAUUUCUCAUCUAGUUUAGUUUUUACGAAGCUCUUUCAUAUGGUAAAUAAGAGUUUGACUUAUUUUAUCUUAUAAAAUUAAAAUUACAAGACAA